AACAUUCAAACAGAUAUCGCGCAACGCGAUAACGGUUACGUCGCGCAUACUAUCAGACAUUGUUGAUUAAUCGAAAUCAAUUCAUUUUUAGAGAGGGUAUGUCGCGAAAAGGCUGGAUGGUGACGGUGAUAAUCUUGUGACGAUACCACGGAGAUGAUGUCAAUAAUUGAAUGGAGUUAAAGACUUAAUGAUUCCGCAACUGAUGGUGGUCUUGCGAUAUAUCUUGACCGGCAAAUAGAUUGCAACCUUCAGUGUUUAACUGGAUUUCGGUCUAGGGUAGUGAUAUUAACAUGCAAGCGUAAAGUGUUCAGUGAAUGUUUGGUUCAAGCAAUUAUCCAGAGUGCUCAGGUGUACCAUAAAUAUUACUGAAAGUUGUGCCAGUUCGUUAUUAAUUUAUAAAUGAUAUUUAAUUGAAGUGAUAUACAUAUGUGCUCCAGAUUUCGACAAGUUUGGAUAUUUGAAAAUCAGUACCACAUUACAAAGAUCUUUAUAUGAUUGAGGGCUGUACGUGAGGAGGAAUUACUAUUGCCGACGUGUUAAGCCGCCAGACCAUCACAGCCAAUAUUAGCAAAAUGAAACUCGCAUUAAGAAUAUGUUGUCUAUGCUUUGUUGUCGGUUUCACGGAAAUUAUAGCAGCGAAUCUUGAUAAAGUUUCAGAUAAUUUAAAAUGCGAAAUAGAAAUAAAUGGAACCACUACUCAAAUUAAAAUCGGACAAGUUUUGAGGACCGAAGAUCCUUGCUUUAGUUACAUUUGCAACUCUGAUGAGGACGGCAAUGCUCAAACUGAAGAAAUAAGGGAGGAAUGCCGGAGAAAAUGUCGGAAGGGAUACGAAUUGCAGAGUAUACCAGGAAAGUGCUGCGGACUAUGUGUAAAAACGAAAUGCCUUUAUCUAGACAAGAUAUAUAGUGUAGGUGAUACGUGGCACAAUGAGGAUAAAUGUAUGUUAUUUGAGUGUGUCCUGGAAAAUAGCGCCCCAGUGAUAUCCACCUUUAAAAAGACUUGUCCAGAACUACCAAAUUGUCUUCCACAAGAUGUGUACACUAAAGACUGUUGUCAGUAUUGCAAAGAAGAGAAAUCCUUGGGUUUUAAUCCAGCCCCUAGAUCCGAUCUGACUUUUGACACAUAUGAGAACCAUCCGUGUAAAAGGAAAUGUGAAGCAGGAGCUCCUCCUAUGACCUGCGAAUAUAAAUUUCAGGUGGAGUGGUAUGAGACACUCAGCAAAGCAUGCUAUGAUUGCCCGUUGAAUGGUACAGACUGCAUGAGGCCUCAUUGCGUAACCGGAGAUGGAGUCCGAAAAAGUGUCCUUGUCGUGAACAGGAAUAUGCCUGGGCCAGCGCUGGAAGUGUGUUUGAAUGACACAAUUAUAGUGGAUGUGACGAAUGGAUUGCUGGGUGACAGUAAUACAAUCCAUUGGCAUGGGUUACUUCAGAAAGCCACCCCCUAUAUGGAUGGAGUGCCUAAUUUGACCCAGUGUCCGAUAAUACCCUACACUACUUUUCGAUAUAUGUUUCAAGCUGACAACUCAGGAACCCAUUUCUGGCAUUCGCAUGUAGGGUUACAGCGGGGAGAUGGAUGCUUUGGAGCGUUCAUAAUCCGAAAGCCAGACGACCCACAUCUGCCUCUUUAUGACUUCGAUUUGACUGAACAUAUUAUAAUAACCCAAGACUGGAUACAUACAAACGGAAUUACUAUGUUUACAAAUCAUCACCACUCUAUUGGUGACAAUAAACCAGUGAAUAUACUAGUGAACGGAAAAGGCAGGUUCCUGAAUAAAAACAAGGUUAUCGUGGAUCCCAUAGAUGACAAUUUAACUGAAGCCGAUGUGGAACCAACCACUUAUAGUGAAAAUGCUAUUCCUCCGCGAGAAUCCGUCAUGAGGAUGACCGAAGAGUUUCCCAAUGUUGGAGCGGAAAACAUAACAGACCGCCUCCGUACUGUCCCAUUUGAAGUGUUCAACGUAACCCAAGGCUACAGAUAUCGUUUCAGGACUAUUAACACUGGCUUCCUGAAUUGUCCAAUUCAAAUUUCGGUAGACAAUCACACUUUGCUGGUCAUUCAAUCAGAUGGAUACGACUUGGAGCCUGUGGAGGUGAAAUCAUUUGUUGCCUAUGCGGGAGAACGUUUCGAUUUCGUCCUGAAUGCAAGCCAAAAAAUCGGAAACUAUUGGAUGAGAUUCAAGGGAUUGAUGGAUUGCGAUGAAAGAUUUGAAAGAGCUCGUCAAGUGGCUAUCGUGCGAUAUGAGGGUGCGCCAGAUGUUGAGCCUAGUGCUUCCACCGACUAUGAUUUUCCUGUUGAAGGUUUGGAAUUGAAUUCGCUUAACAAAGGACCAGGACAUGUGGAUUCUUUGACCAUGGCUGAAGUGAGUGCCUUGGCUGAGGAUGAGGAGUGGUUGAAGCAAGAGGAACCCGACUUCAAAUUUUACAUCUACUAUGACUUCUACAAUAUCGACCAUUCACUCUUCUAUUAUCCACCCCUAUAUGGGAUCAAUAAUGUCAGUCGUCCUGUCUAUGCACCUCAGUUGAAUCGAAUCAGUUUGAAAAUUCCACCUGUCCCUUUGCUACCUGCUCGUGAUGAAAUCGAUGAAUCGACAUUUUGCAACGAAACUAGCCUAAAGGAGAAGGGAAUUGACUGCACCAAAGAGUUUUGCGAGUGUCAUCAUGUCUUGCAGAUUCCCCUGAAUUCUGUGGUUGAAAUGGUGCUUGUGGAUGAAGGACACACUUUCGAUGCAAAUCAUCCUUUUCAUUUGCACGGUUAUGCUUUUCGAGUGAUUGGAAUGGAUCGCAUUGGCAAGGAAGUGACUAUCGAUCAGAUCAAAGACUUGGAUAACAAUGGCCAGCUUCAUCGUAAUCUUAAGCAUCCUCCAAUUAAGGACACAGUAACUAUCCCUGAUGGCGGCUAUACUAUUAUACGCUUCAAAGCUGAUAACCCAGGAUAUUGGCUAUUCCAUUGCCACAUUGAAUUUCAUGCAGAAAUAGGAAUGGCACUGAUUCUGAAAGUUGGUGAUCAUUCACAAAUGGUACCUGUGCCUAAGGAUUUUCCUAAAUGUUCAAAUUAUAUGCCCACUACUGUGAAGAGUGCAUCAUUAGCUAAUUAUUCUAUUAAUAUUUUAUAUUUAGGCUUAUUGAGUCUUUUGAUUGUGAUAUAUUUAUAAAAUAAAUUAUGAAAUUAUUUAUACC